AUGGCUUUCUUUGCCUUCUUUCUCAUCUUAUGCCUUUUGCCCUUUUCACCACCAACCAACUGCAUUUCUUCUCCAGAAUCCCAACAUACACAAACAGUUCGCCUAAACCACCAUGACACCAUACAAGCCAUAGAAGAUUUCAUGGCUUUUGAUGCUGGCCAGUUACUACAAGAAUCUAUCCAGGUACCGGCCACCACCACCACCACCACCUCCUCCUCGUCAUCCCCUUUCCAGGGCAAUUAUAUCCCUGUCUACGACAUUGACAUCUUUCUCAAAUCAGGCUAUGAAGAUUAUCGCUCUCUGAUUCUGUUUCGCCUGGCUCGUAAUGCCAAAAGGUUUGAAUGGUUGUCGACAUCAUUAACUGAUUCUGCGGUGGUUGAUAUUCCUUACUAUUACGAGAGUGCGUCUUAUGUGGGGAUUAUGGACAUAGGGAAUCCACCACAGAGAGCUCACCUACUCGUAGACACUGGCUCUAGAUUCGUAUGGUGGGAUUGCCAGCCAUGCAAUAAUUGCCCUACUUUCAGCUAUAAUCCUUCCCGCUCAUCAUCAUAUCGUCAAGUGGAUUGUCGAAUGGAGGAUGAGUGUCCAGGCAAUGAAGGCCUUUUCUGGGGUUGUGAUAUGGAUGGUAACAACAAGUGUGAGUUUAAAGUUGUGUAUCGUGAUUCCACAGAAGCUGAAGGUUUUCUUGCCUACGAGAAAGUAACAACUACCCAUGGUGAAGAGGGUGGCGACGUAGUCCUUGUGGAAAAUCUUCGGUUUGGGUGUGCAGAAAAGUCUCCAGCAAGUAUGAUAGGUAAGAAGUUCACUGGAAUUCUGGGUUUUGGACCCAACACUUACUCCUUCAUCUAUCAAAUGAAUGCUACUAGUUUUAGCUUCUGUCCUAAAAGUCAUACUGCUUCUGUAGCCACGAGUUUAUACUUCAAUUCCCUGCCUAUACCUGAUGACUUCACCUUCAGAACCCCUCUUCUCCAAAAUAUUCAACCAAUAUAUUACGCUGUGAACCUUACUGGUGUGUAUGUGAGAUGGGAAUUUCUGGAGAUUAAGUCUCUUACUAACUCAGAUGGCCGGGUUGGAGCAGUGGUAGAUUCGGGAACAAGUAUAUCUAUGUUUCCUCUCCAAUUCUAUAACCAAUUCCGUGAUACUUUUACUGGGCAUAGCCAAUGGUUAAGUCGUUUGCCGGGGGAGCAAUUUUUUGAUACCUGUUACAACAUCUCCUCACCCGAAUGGUACUUGGAAGUUCCGGAGAUCAUAUUCCAGUUUUCUGGGGUUACAGGUCAUGAAGUUCUUAGCUAG